AUGGUAUUAACUGUUGGCAAAAAUUUGAUUUUUACAUUGUUAUUUUACAGUCUUAUAUCGCGUUUGUUAGUGAAAGAUGUUCAUGCGCGUGCAACGCUUAAAGAAAUCACUGAAAAUCCUUGGGUGAAAGCGGGCGAUCUUGGUCUUGCUCAGAUUUUACCUUUAGUUGGACGCGAUCUCUUACCACAUAAUGCGCAUACGACAAUUAUUGAUCAAAUGGUUGCUGGUGGCGUUGACACAAAAGAAAAUAUUUUAAGGCAAGCAAAUAUUCUUUUUAUUCAUAAACAUUUAUUUAAAUCUCUGGAGAAAGAUGAUUUCUCUUACGUUACUGCUACCUAUUAUUUGCUUGCAGAAAGAGUAUUGGCAUCGUAUCGUGAAGAGCGUGCCAAAAAAGCGCUCGCAAUCGAGCGCCCCAAAUUGGAUGAAUUGCCAGAUGCUCUUCAGAAUUGUUCUGAUAUAAGGACUACUUAUACAAAAGGUGAUGAUAAUAAUGGAUGUAAAGGUCGAAGUCGGUCCAACUCUUGGCGCGGUAGUACUUCCAUUUCUCGUAGGCCGUGUUCAAUUUUGAAAGAAGAAAGUGAAGAAGAACUCUCGACAUAUCAUCGUAAUUCUUCGCGCCAGUCGUCAAGAUAUUCUUCUUCGUCUUUAUCAGUAUUUGCUUCUAUUUCUGGUUCACGUGGACGAAUGUCAUCACAUGAUAUUCAAAGUUUACUUGAAGUUUCACCUUCCAAUCUCAUUGAUAGUAAAAAGCGAACGCUCUCUCCAGAUAGUCGCUUGAGCAGUCGAAGUUCUAGUCCUCCAAAUUCCAGUGGUCGUACUAGUCCUGACUUUUUGCCAAAGUGUAAAUAUUUAGCAGUUAGUCGAUUGAAGGCUUCAGUUCUUGGUCCUUGCGGAUUACGAAAAUUAGGUUCAUCGCCGCAUCUUCUUGGAAUUUGCGAGGAAAAAGAAGAAUUUGAAUUCGACCGAGGUGGAGAGCAGCGUCAAACGGCAGCUCGUCGUAGUAUAUCUGGCGCAUCCAUUACCUUAUCAACAAUACCACGAAUUUUCCCGCAGCCAAAACAUAUGAAGGAGGAUUAUGUGGCUGGAUCUGUCACGUACAGUAAAGUUCGAAUGAUUCGACCCCGACAAGCAAAAGUUUCACCAGAUAUGGCACAGAGAUAUGAAAAGGAAUCGCUUUCACGGUUUCCGACAACAAAAGCAAGGAGAAGUACUAGUUGCUCAUCAGGUGAGACAUCAGAUGACGAUAGUGAAAAACGAUUAAAUUUUCUAGCCUCUAAAUAUUGUCAUAGCAAUGGACGUCGACGAGAGGACGACGAUGAUUCUUCAAAAGGCUCAUUUCCUAAUUCGUCUUGUGAUGGAGGAAAAUGGAUUGGUCCGACCAGUGCUAGAAUUGACCAAGUUGCCAGUAGCGCAGUAAAUUCUUGUGACACAGCUCCAUGUAAUCCUAAUUACCAUAAAUCUGGCCAAAUGAAGCGUAUCGAGUUACUGCCAAAUGGAUGGAUUUGUGGUUCCAUAAUUUGGUUCAAACCAUGGGGCGGAAGCGGAAUCAAGAUUUGGUUGCAGCACAGUUUAGACAUUCGGGAACUGUAUUAA